AAACUACCAGAAAAGCAGCGUGGAAUAAAACAGGACAGUGUUUUCUCGUGUACGUAUGUGUGAAGAUAAAACCCUGAAAAUAAUAGCGUAUAUUUAUGCUUUGGUAACAAAGCUACUUUAAGCAGAUCUCUUGUAAUUAAGUCGCAACAUCACAAACGUCAGCGUAUUGUAAGAAGUCAUAAAACGAUGUGCUUGGUGAUUUCCUAAGCGGCUCGGUAGGUUAUCUUAGGGUUUUUUUUCCUAGGGGCUGAAUGCUUUUCUGGUCAGCAUGGCGUUGGUACCGUACGAUGAGAAUUUAGUGCCUGGUCUGUCUAAACUUCACAAGUCUUCUGCCGAGUUCGAGUUUGCGGACCACAGACUCCGACUAGCUCAGGACUGGAGUGGCCUUGGUGUCGCGGGGGUCAUCUGGGACGCGGCAGUAGUGCUGUGCAUGUACCUGGAGCUGGCUCCUGUCAAUCUGAAGGGGAGGACAGCCAUUGAGCUGGGGGCAGGCACUGGACUUGUGGGCAUUGUGGCCACCCUGCUUGGAGGCAAUGUUACAAUCACAGACAGGAAACCUGCGCUAGAGUUACUCAGGGACAAUGUGAAAGAAAACAUUCCUUCAGACCUGCAAGGAGCAGUGCAGGUAUCUGAGCUCACCUGGGGCGAGGGGCUAGAGCACUAUCCCUCGGGCGGCUACGAUCUCAUCCUCGGGGCCGACAUCAUUUACCUGGAGGAGACGUUCCCUGCUCUCCUCCGGACCCUGGAGCACCUGAGCUCAAUGGAGUCGGAGCUUCUGCUGUCGUGCCGCAUCCGCUAUGAGCGAGACAAGCGCUUCCUGCGUCUCCUGGAGAGUCUCUUCUCCGUGCAGGAGGUGCACUACAAUGAGCAGAGGGACAUUCACAUCUACAGGGCUGUGAGGCUCAAGGGGAAGACUGAGCUGUGAGGCUCAGAAUGAUGCGCUCUAUUAGAAAAUCAAAUUUAGGAGCCCACACGGUCUAGUUGAUAUAAUGGUAACAAGGUGUUUUUUUGUUUGUUCGUUUAUUUGCCCCGUGAAUAUCUACAAUGACACUUGAAAUAGUUUGCUAAGUGCAAAUGUUGCCUGGCCUUGAUACACUGAUCUUUGAUCCUUUAAAUCUUUGCAGUAUGAUUGUUAACCAUAGACUGUGUCUAAAUCGGUGUUGUGUUAAAACUGUUCAUUAUUAUUAUAGUCACCAGCGCUCCUGGGGUUUUGCCUUUUUGCUGUUUUCACCUGCCAACCCACAUCUGUCACACCUGCUGUAGCUAAUCAAGAUCUGAAUGCAGUAGUGGUGUGAAUCGGGUGUAGUGGGCUGGGUUUGAAACGCCUGUACAGAGUGGAAGGUCUCAGCAGGCAUGCUGCAGCAUUUUUAGCAGUCAAAGCUCUCAAUUCUUGUGCGCGUGUGGUUUUGUAUUCUGGUUCACCACCAGAUUCCCAAAUGUCAGAAGUGAGAAAAGAAAACUGUUGGACCGGCUCUCACCCAGACAGUAGCGGGCAGCCUUUUAAGACAUCACUGACCAUUACCCUGUGUUAUGCUUUACUGCUGCAGUCUGAGGUUCAUAGACGUGCUUGCAGAACCCCAGGUCUCAUUCUCUCUGUUUAAAACCUAAUCUCAUCAAGGUCUUUAUUAACAUUUGAAAAUGGUUGGCUCUAACUCCUGCAAGGCACUAGGGGGAAAAACAUGUCUACUGGAGUUCUGUUAAAGGAUCGGACAAGGUUUUGAUUUUUAUUUAAUCUUAAAAUUCUGAUCCUACGUCACUCUCUUUGAUGAGACAUAAGUUGUAUGUAGAAUCGCUACAUGCAGGGUUACUACACAAGGGCUCUGUUGAGUUAAAUUGAUCCCUUUCUCGUUUGGUCACUGUCUGCUCAUAUGUACUAACUUUAAUGCAAAGAAGUCACCAUUUGUGCAUUUCCAAUAGUUAAUAGGAGCCAAGACUUAAAUGUUUUCUUUCUACACACACCCUGAACCCAUGUGUCUAUCAGGUCAUGCCAUUUAUGCUCAUGUAGUAGAGCAUUUUGGGGGUUUCCUACAACUGAUGCCAGAGAAAGUCAGCAUGAUUUUUAACCCAUCUGUUCAAGGCCGUGCCUGAAUAUCUAUCCUACUUGGGCCUGCUGCAGUGGCAGUCCAGGUCUGGCCCGGUCCAGUCUGGAUCAGGAGGACUGAAGUCUGGCCCGGUGUGAUAUCCCCACUAACACACCAGCUGAAUCUAAUAAUCAGCUGAUGAGUUGGGGCAGGAGCACUUGAGCAGGGGAAUCUCUGAACCGUGUGGAACAGGGCACUCCUUUUCAGACAGAGGACCGCGAUGAGCAAGUGAGUCUCAAACGCGUCUGUCAUUUUCUUAUAGCCAUUCAACUAGUGAAAGAAUGUGGCCCAGCUCCUCAGUCACUCUCCGAAAUGAUUCUCAGUAACGAUGCUGUUGGGUUAUAUGUGAAAUCCAUAUUUAGGGAAGAUUGGCCUACAGUAUUGUAAAGUAAAUUAUACUUUACUACAUUGUGAAUUAAAAUGCCCACAGAUCA